CAGUGGCCGCCCAAGAGCUGGAGUCACCAUGGCGGCCGGAGUCGCAGCCUGGCUGCCUUUCGCGCGGGCUGCGGCCAUCGGGUGGAUGCCGGUGGCCAACUGCCCCAUGCCCCUCGCCCCGGCAGACAAGAACAAGCGGCAGGAUGAACUGAUCGUCCUCAACGUGAGCGGGCGGAGGUUCCAGACGUGGCGGACCACGCUGGAGCGCUACCCGGACACACUGCUGGGCAGCACGGAGAAGGAGUUCUUCUUCAACGAGGACACCAAGGAGUACUUCUUCGACCGGGACCCAGAAGUGUUCCGCUGCGUCCUCAACUUCUAUCGCACAGGCAAGCUGCACUACCCCCGCUACGAGUGCAUCUCCGCCUACGACGACGAGCUGGCUUUCUACGGCAUCCUGCCAGAGAUCAUUGGCGACUGCUGUUACGAGGAGUACAAGGACCGCAAGAGGGAGAACGCCGAGCGGCUCAUGGACGACAACGACUCGGAGAACAACCAGGAGUCCAUGCCCUCCCUCAGCUUCCGCCAGACCAUGUGGCGGGCCUUCGAGAACCCGCACACCAGCACGCUGGCCUUGGUCUUCUACUACGUGACUGGCUUCUUCAUUGCCGUCUCGGUCAUCACCAACGUGGUGGAGACGGUGCCGUGUGGCACGGUGCCCGGGAGCAAGGAGCUGCCGUGUGGCGAGCGCUACUCGGUGGCCUUCUUUUGUCUGGACACCGCCUGCGUCAUGAUCUUCACGGUGGAGUACCUCCUCCGGCUCUUCGCGGCGCCCAGCCGCUACCGCUUCAUCCGCAGCGUGAUGAGCAUCAUCGACGUGGUGGCCAUCAUGCCCUACUACAUCGGCCUGGUAAUGACCAACAAUGAGGACGUGUCGGGCGCCUUCGUCACGCUUCGGGUCUUCCGCGUCUUCAGGAUCUUCAAGUUCUCCCGCCACUCACAGGGCUUGCGGAUCCUGGGCUACACCCUGAAGAGCUGUGCCUCUGAGCUCGGCUUCCUCCUCUUCUCCCUCACCAUGGCCAUCAUCAUCUUUGCCACUGUGAUGUUUUAUGCCGAGAAGGGCUCCUCCGCCAGCAAGUUCACGAGCAUCCCCGCCUCUUUUUGGUACACCAUCGUCACCAUGACCACACUGGGAUAUGGAGAUAUGGUGCCCAAGACGAUUGCAGGGAAGAUCUUCGGCUCCAUCUGUUCCCUGAGCGGUGUCCUCGUCAUUGCCCUGCCAGUCCCUGUGAUCGUUUCCAACUUCAGCCGGAUUUACCACCAGAAUCAGAGAGCUGAUAAACGCAGGGCACAAAAGAAGGCCCGCCUUGCCAGGAUCCGUGUGGCCAAAACAGGGAGCUCCAAUGCCUACCUGCACAGCAAGCGCAACGGACUCCUCAACGAGGCACUGGAGCUGAUGGGCAACCCAGAAGAGGAGCACAUGGGCAAGACCACGUCACUCAUCGAGAGCCAGCACCACCACCUGCUGCACUGCCUGGAAAAAACCACUGGGUUGUCCUAUCUUGUGGAUGAUCCCCUGUUAUCUGUACGAACCUCCACCAUCAAGAACCACGAGUUUAUAGAUGAACAGAUGUUUGAGCAGAACUGCAUGGAGAGCUCAAUGCAGAACUACCCAUCCACACGGAGUCCCUCACUGUCCAGCCACCCAGGCCUCACGACCACCUGCUGCUCCCGUCGUAGUAAGAAAACCACACACCUGCCCAAUUCCAACCUGCCGGCCACCCGCCUGCGCAGCAUGCAAGAGCUCAGCACCAUCCACAUCCAGGGCAGCGAGCAGCCCUCCCUCACUACCAGUCGUUCCAGCCUUAAUUUGAAAGCAGACGACGGACUGAGACCAAACUGCAAAACAUCGCAGAUCACCACAGCCAUCAUCAGCAUUCCUACUCCCCCAGCGCUAACCCCAGAGGGGGAAGGUCGGCCACCCCCUGCCAGCCCAGGCUCCAACACGAACAUUCCUGCCAUAGCCAGCAAUGUUGUCAAGGUCUCCGCCUUGUAA